CUGUAAAUGGAGCACACCCAUGUUGGACGACCAAAACUUACACGACGUCCAAAAAUAGCUAAGUCCAUCACCGGCAAAAUGACACGUAAAUGUUUUUUAUUCUACGUGGAUGUGUAUUUAGUACACGUUAGCUAAACACCGAUAAACAUUUUGUAUUCAUCAAGAGAAACGAACGCCGUUUAAACGGGUUAACUCCCCCUCCAAAGGAGUGAAGAGAAACUCCGCGUUAGUUCGUACGCGUGAGCUGGAAAGUAAAGGUAACGUUAGCUAGGUAGGCUAAUGUUUAGCAUUAAUCAGGGGAGGUGCGCACUUUUCCGCAACAGUUCAGAUGGCUGUACGCUGGCUAUGCAGGGGGGGUUAUCCAUCUGGAUGCCACUUUGGUCCACGACCCGCCCUGCUGUGGCCGAUGGAAACAGACAUCCGUAGAAAUGUGCGCGCAUGUAUUCGGAGUUUUGAAAAGCCUGUUUGGGAAGCCCUUUGAUGGUGGGAAGAGGAUGGAUCAUGGCGGCCCACAGCAGCAGCCACAUCCCAUGGAGCAGCAGCAGCCGACGUACCACCCGCAGCACCCCGCCAUGACGCGGCUGUACGAGGUGCAGAAGGAGGUGGCGUCCCUGGGCCCUCAGGUCUGCACCUUCAGCGGCCUGCAGAACGACCGCGACUACAAGCGGCUGGAGCGCGAGCUGACACGGCUGCUGCUGGAGGUGGACCAGGUGGACACGGAGGGCAAGGCGGAGCUGCAGGGGGCGCGCAAACGGGCGGCCCAGGAGGUGGAGGGCCUCCUGCGCUACCUGGAGGAGAACGCCACCCACCCGUCCCGCGUGGCCAUCGAGGAGCUGAGCAACGAGGCGCGGCAGCUGGUGGACGACCGCGUGGUGGCGCCCCAGCGCUCCGGCGGCGUGGCGGAGAUCAACGACGAGCUGGUGGACGCCCUGCAGGAGAUCGUGCUGCGGCUGACCCAGGUCAAGACCGAGGGGCGGGUGCCGCUGCGCAAGGCGCGCUACCGGGCGCUGACGCGCAUGUGCGCCGUGCAGGACGUGAUCGAAGGGCGCACCCAGCAGCAGACCCUCUCCCUGCCGCUGUCGGGGGACACCCACGAGGCCGUGCACCGCAUCAACCAGGUGAUGGUGAAGGUGAGUGUGGCGCGCGGUCAGCUGGUGGCGCUGCUGAUGGGCCUGAGCGGCCGGGACAGCUGCACCCACCUGUCCCGAAUCCUCACCGAGAUGCAGGUGGAGCUGGACGCGCUGGAUGUGUCAGGGAACGCGGCCAUCCGCAACUACAGGAAGCAGGUCGUGGAGGAGAUAAACGGGCUGCUGAAACAUCUGGAUCUAGAGGUGGAAGGAGACGACACGCGCAGGUACGACUUGGGUCAGAACAACUCCAUCCGUGAGAUUGAGGCGGUGCGAGCCCACGUCUCCCACCUGCGAGACGGCGUCCUGCGGCACUGCAUCAUGGGGGAUCUGAGCUUCAGGCCCAAGGCCGAGCUGCAGAGCCUGCUCACUCACCUGGACCAGGUGGACACGGGCAGAAACCCGUGCAUCCGGGAGGCCCGCCGCCGCGCCGUGGUGGAGGUCCAGGCCAUCAUCACCUUCCUGGACCUGCGCGAGGCUCUGGCCCGCCGCCAGCCGGGCCCCAGCGAACACCCUUCGCACCGGGCCGUGUGGCUGGUCCUGGGCAGCCUCUCGGACCUCCAGGCCCAGGCACUGGGCUUCGACGGCAAGCGACUUGACAAGAGCUACAUGAUGCUCGAGGAGCUGCUGACCAAACAGCUGCUGGCGCUGGACGCCGUGGACCCGCAGGGCGACGAGACCACCAAGAUAGCGCGCAAGCAGGCAGUGAAGUUUGCACAGAACAUUCUCAACUACCUGGACAUGAAGACGGACGAGUGGGAGUAUUGAUUUUGUUUCAAAACAUCCCAGUGUGGUAGCCAUGGUGCUAGAUGGGAUGUCGCUGCAGGAAAGAAAGGAGCUGAUAAUACGUGUAAAUUGAAAAAAAAAAAAGAAACUCUUACGUUAUCAUUCCACGGGCUGUACAUAUUGACUCAAAUCCCCAGAAUGCACUGCAGCAGCGCUUUUCUUUUGUCAAUGUGGUACCGUUGUGGCCGAACCUGAGAAAAACACAGAACUCCAUUUAACAAACACACUUUGAAUUUUGUGUGUGUGUGUGUGUGUGUGUGUGUGUGUGUGUGUGUGUGUGUGUGUGUGUGUGUGUGUGUGUGUGUGUGUGUGUGUGUGUGUGUGUGUGUGUGUGUGUGUGUGUGUGUGUGUGUGUGUGUGUGUGUGUGUGUGUGUGUGUGUGUGUGUGUGUGUGUGUGUCCUCCCAGACUGCACUCGAUAUCGAUAAAGUGUGAUGGAUUGCUUGGCAGUGGUCUCCCCGCCUGGCCUGAUUAAUCUCCGUCGAUGCAUGUGUUAAAUACAGUGACCUAAUUAUGGCGUCGUCCACGGCUACCGUCUUGGUCCAGAUUCUGAUACUGUGCUGUGCUGAUUAUGGGCACCAAAAGUUUAGUUUUGCUGCAGUUUUGUAUUAUAAAUCAAAUUUUGUUUCAAUGUUUUUGGCAAAGCAGAUGGUGUGAACAAAUGGUAAAUAGGAAAUUUGAUCUGCAGUGAUAAUUGAGAGAUUUCUUUAGAGGCAGCAUCAAAGGUGAAACAUUAGAAGCCGAGCUGUGGCAAUCUGUGUUUAAACAGCUAGGAUGUAAGGUCACCCUCCACUCCUGCGUGAUCCUGUUUAUCCCCUCUGUGUCUCUGGUAGCGCUCCAAAUUCACCACCGGUUGCGGCCAAUGGAAAAUCUGCAGACCACAGCUGUCGUUGGCGGGCUGGCAAACAACAAGAAAUGCAGCUGAGAUCCAGAUAAAGUUAGCAGUCGAGAUUUCAUGUUGUGAGGAUGUUUGAAAAGAUAAGUACCUUUCCCCUCGCUGUUUGUGCUGCUGUUAGUCUGUAAUCUGUCUGUUGUGACUGUAUGAUCGUGUUAGGCUAUAAAUGGAUCAGGUUUUUAAAAAUUCAGAGAUGGAAGAAAGAGGAGGACAUUUUUGCUGCUUUUUGUUUCCACCCACUGCUUUCUGACUGGGACUGUGAGAGGUCCCUGGGGAGAGGAAGAGGAAGGGAGGCCGAGGCGGUGAUAUCCUCUGGAUUGACACAUCAAGGCUGAAGCUCACAGGGUCGGCAGUGGGCUCCUGUGCGGUACAGAGCACUGAUGGUAAUCGCAGUCGACAGAGCCUUCUAGAAACUUCUCGAAGCUUGCUGCUCGAGACGGUGGGAGGAGAGGGAAAAGACUGGAAGAUGAGUCCAAAAAAAUCUCUGUGCCUUUAGUUUCACCCUUCCCUGUGAACCGGUUUGUGGAAAAGCAGCCUUGUAGUGAGGAAAGAAGCAAGCAGCUGCUCAUUUGUGAUAUACAUUAACACUAAAGCACUGAAUGUGUUAGUGGAGAGCACCCCGGCUCUUAUCGCCACUAGAAAUUUGCACUACUUGUCAGAAAUUGAGGCGCUUUUUUGAAUCAGUUUCCUGACGAUAAAAGACAAAAGGUAGAAGGUGUUUGGGUCAGUAUUUUGUGGUAACACAGAAUGACAACGCUGCUUUGCAGCUGGCGACUAAUAUGAGUGACAUUGAGCUUUCACACUGCAAACAGCCUGGCUGCUGAUGGGCCCAUCUCUGGCUCUCAGGAGCUAAACUGACAAAACACAAAUAAUAAGCUGACCGGAUUACUUCACAGCUUUCUGCUGACCUCAAAGAUUCAAUGAUGAAGAGAUACUUGUUGAGAUACUUAUUUCUGCAGAUAAUUUUGAGUUUUUAAAGCUCAUGCCUGAGGGUUAGGAUUAGGUUAACCCUAACCCAACCCUAACAGCAGUUGAUGAAUCACACCUUAUUCAGGAGCUCUUCUGGAGCUUUCAAUCAUAUCGCAUUAUCUUCAUUGGCUGAAAUGUAGCCGUAGAUUUUCAAAUUGACAUUUUUCUGAGCAUUUUGAGGAAUUUAAAGGACGUGUAAUUAAGAUUUUAAUGUCAAAAAAUGGAUCAACUGACAUGUACAGUACGUAAAAGAGGUCGCUUAUACUCCACUCUGCAGUUCCCCUCGGCCCUAUAAAGCUUUGUAGCACCUUAUAGCUCAUUGUCUGGGUUUUGGUUCACUAUCACAGCUCUCAUAGCGUUGUUUCCAGCAGCAGCAGGCAGCUGUUUUUUAACAAAACAUGCUGUCAUAAACCCACUGUAAACUUUCCGCUCAGCAGCAACCAGCAGAGCGCAGGUAGUGGAGCGUUUAGCAGCUAACUCUAAAGAGACCACGAACGGCUAAAAGAGAGAGAGAAGAUAAAAGUUACAUUUAUCAGAUGGACACACACGCUAGUCCAAAUGAAUGAUAAUGUUCCAUAACUACGCAACUUCUACCCCAUCAACUUUAUAAGGUGAUGAAAUGUUAAUGUUGUGCCCCUAAGUAGCCAAAGGUCUGUUAAUACAUGUUUAAAAAACAGGAACUUAGACAAAUUCAACAAUGAAAUUUUAAACUCUUCAGAAAAAUAAGAAAUGUGAACAUUUACCCUUGCCUGGCAACUGCUGAUGAAGACCAUGUCCGACAUGAUAGACAGCUGCACAACACCAGUUUGAUCAGUGGUGGAAAGUAACUAAGUAGAUUUACUCAAGUACUGUACUUGAGUACAAUGUUGAGGUACUUCCAAUUCCAGUAUUUUCAAUUUCUGCUCUUUCUACGUCACUACAAUUCAGAGGCAAAUAUUGUACUUUUUACUGCACAACAUUUAUUUGAUAGCUUCAGUCAUACUGUGCAGUUUUGGAUUAUUAAAACAAAAUAUAAUCAACGCAUAAAUGAUGUAUUAAUAUAGAUUAAGCUACCCAGCAGUAUAUUAAGUAGUUAAAGUAAGCUCCAACUGUACCAGCUGCAACAUUAAAGGGAUGAAAACAUCAAUGAAUCAAUAACCAUAAUCCAAUGAUAUAUUAUUCUGAAAUGGGCCUGCCUUACUUUGGACACUUGAAGCAUAUUUCUAUUCUAAUCCUCGUACGUUACCAAGGUAAAAUUUGGAAUGCAAAGUAUUUUUACACUGCAGUUUUAGUUUACUUAAGUAGAAUAUCUGAGUACGUCUUCCAUCCGUGUACUUAACGGACUUUGAGGUGAAGUGGCAGAUUUGUGGGGCUCUCAUCAGCUUCUCAUUCGGUCUGCGUUAGACUGAUGAAGGACUGAUGACUUGUACCCUGCUGGGUGUCCCUGUUCCAUCAGCUCUGUAGGAAUAGUUUUCCUUUGCUCGGUAAAUGCCGGUUGCUCGCAGUGUGAACGCAAACUAAAGGGUCAAAUGUCACGCUAGUUUCCCGACAACAAGUCCCAAUAAAGCUGAAGCAAAUCUUCUACGCCCAGCUGCCUGUGUUUCACUAUGUAAAUAACACGUCCCGGUGAAGUCCCACAGACCCUUUUUAUGUGCAUUAAGCGUCUGUUGGAAGCAUUUUUUUGGCACAAGGCCUGCAGCUCGGCCUCCUGGGUAUGGAGCUGACUCGUGUGGAAGAAAACAAGAUCAAACUGUUCAUUAAACAUUGUCAGCCUGCUCGCUGGUGGUUGUUGCAACAGAUGCUUUCUCACAGCGAGCCUUAUGCUCUCUCAGACCAAACCUUAAGUUCACAUUUUAUUUUAUUAUAUUAUUUAGUGCAUUUAGUUAUUGCAUUUCUGUACACUGCUUCCUUUUUAAACAUUCGUUUGAUAAUUUAUCACAGGUUUUACACUGUAUAAAGAAAUACUUAGAUCUUUUUUUGUCUUGUCAUAGUGUCUUGAAGCCUUUGUUUUUAUUCAGUGUUCGCCUCCAUGAUUAGUUGCUCUGGCAACCACACAAAUUUAUACUCCGUGGUUCAUAGAGAGAAGUACAAACUUAAAAAGCAGCGUGGCAGUGAGGUAAAGCACCAUUUUCUAAAUGUUUUCUGAAGGUUUUUGUCAGAGAGGGAGCUAAUAACCCUUUCCAAAAUAUCCCCAAAUAUCCCCCCUGCUCCCUUUUAUUCUGUACUGUCUAUAUAUGUAUAUACCAUAUUUACCCAGAUUUGAAGUACACUUACGAACCAGUAUCACUUCGGAAUGAAUAAUAAUUUGAUGACAGUAUUAUAAUGCAUUUUUGCAGCCGUUAUGUGUUUAGACAAGAAAGGAUGAUGGAUUUUAUACAUCUGAAAGAACGUAUUUCUUUACUACUUCGUCCUUGCAUGAGUGUGAAAGUUUUUCAAACAUAGGUCCGGUCUGGGGAAAGUCACGGAGCAACAUUUUAAAGGAUAAGACUGCUGAUAUUCCAGAUGUUAUUUUUUGUCAGGAGGUGUUGUGGAAAGACCAAAACCAACAAAAUCAAUGCAUAGCUUUAAAAAAAAAAAAGAACAGGAAACAAAUGAUUUCACUUGUUUUUUUAAAAUGCUAAAUCAUUUCUUAAAACAGCUGGACACUGGAUUCUUUAGCAAACGUUGCUCAAACAGGAGAAAAUAGUGUAUUUGUUGGACUAUUUUCAGCGGCGGAUUAAUUCACAUUUGAGUGUUUGUGGCAGCAGGAUGGUGUUUGUAGGAUUGAGUCCAACUAAACUACAUUGUGUGUGUGUUCAUGGUGAUACAUUUACUGUUGGUUUGGGUCUUUUUCAUAAGAUUUGUUGAACAAUGUAGAACAUUACAUGUAGACUUAUCCUUUAAAACUGCUGAAACAAAUCUUCAGAGAGUCAACUCUUAAAUCCCGUUUUUAAAAGGACAUUUCAUGAGAAAGAUUUUAGUUUAAGCUCAAGCGCUUUAUUAAAUGGCAUGAACAGCUCUUAGAAAAACUGUUGUCAUUAAAAGGUUGUUUAGAUUUGAUAAAUUCUUAAUCCCUAACCCUGAAACAACAUACCUUCCCAGUCUUCUCCACCCAGACGUCUUGUAUUCCCCAAUGCAUACUGUGAUGGAGCGCUAAAAGCAGCCCGGGUCCAUCCAGAGGAUCUAAACCUGAUGGCACUGGCGUCCUUUAGUCAAAGUGUCUAAAAGAUUCAGACCCAGUGGGUAUUGAAGGGUGGCUGUCUGAAAGCUAUCAGCCCUUUACAGCACCACGUAUUUACACCAAAUGGAGUUAGGGACUUGCAGAUUAAAAGAUUUCAUUUUUUCUGAUCCUAUAUUGAAUGUAGUCAUUGAGGAAUGUUUUCUCUUUGUAUUUCAUGGUACCAAAGUUGAUUUCAGAAACCUAAAAUGGGGAUUAUGGUGACGAAGAAGAAGGUAGAUGGUUGUACCAACCCCAAAAAUUAUGCUGGGUGGGGCUUAAGGUGCAACUAAUGUUUUUGAGCUUGUCCUUAAGUUACAGUUUGCAGCAGUUGAUUGUACAAUCCACCUUCCAGCAACUCUAAAUCUCACUAAUUACCACAUUUUAUCUCAAUUGUAGUGUAGAAAAUCUAGAAAUGACAAUUCAAGUAGAAGCUUGCCUUUUACAGCUAGCAUGGCUCUGUCCAAUUCUCCGUCGGUUGCCUGGUUCCUAGAAUUAAUCCAAAUCUUUAAAACCAGGCAAUGUAUACAUAUAUAUUUCUUUUUUCUUUUCUUUUUUUUUUAAACGGCUCUGUAAUUUCUUGAUCACAGCUGGUCACUGUAGUUUUAAACAAACUUACUCAAAACAGGAACAAAUACUGCGUUUGUUGGGGACUAUUUUCAGUGGUGGAUUAAUCCAUAUUUGGAUGGUCCCAGCAAAGAACUAGUCCAGCACAUCACCAUACGUGCAACUGCAAAAUGUUAAUUUUAAGCAUUUGUUUUUACAGAUUUAACAAAUGUUAAAAGUUUUGGAGGUGCAGGUAGGAGGAUUUCAACAUCCUUAUACCUAAACGACUGUAUAAGUUCCAAAAAGUCCCAAAACGACACAAAGAACCCUUCUACUUAAUACCUCACAGUGGUGGAUUAGUCAUGUGACAUUUUUAUUUAACCGAUUGAAACACGUUUUAACAUUGUUAGGUUUAGGCAAGAAAAAUACUUAGGGUUAGUAAAACAGGGAUUGGCUUAAAAUGAGUCUCCUAAAACUAUUAAAAUGAGAACAUUAUUGUGUCUAAGGUCCCUUAAAAUCAUUAAUUUCAAUGAAUUUAAAAUGGAAUUUGGCGCUCCUAUACUUCGUCACCUCACUUCCUUGUUUACUCUCGGAACAAUUACUUCUGGGGGGCGUUAUGAGCGGCUUGCUGGUCCAUAUCUUUGUUUUCUAAAAUGCAAGCUAAAUGAUUUUAUCAACUAAGAGACAGGAUAGCCGUUUUCCCCCUGUUUCCAGUCUUUGUGCUAAGCUAAUUUAGCCGGCUGCUCCAGCAUUAACGUACAGACGUGAGAGUACUGUUCCAUUCAUUUCUACUGCUGUAACUAUCUUGUCUGGUGCAACUAGACGGGUGAUAUAUUCUAAAAGUGGACAGGAUGAUAGAAAGCAAACAUGCUGAUUUAUGAAAGUACAAAUCCACCAGGAGGGAUCCUCCUUAUUGAGCUUUAGCCAAAAGUUCUUUUGUUGAAGCACAGUUUUUAUGUUGUUUAGUCACUGUUUGUUAUUGUUGCUCUGCCUUUCUUUCUGCAAAUGUGUUCUGUGAUGGAAAAAAAAAGGGUAUUGCAUUCCUUUUUAUUUUCCAAAUAUGUUUUCUUAAGUCGCCUUUACCUGCAUUGAUUGUGACGGGCUUUAGCUGUUUCUCCUCCGAGACGCGCUUGUAAAAAAAGCACGCAGACUGGAAAAAAAUUAGUCGUGUGAAUGCUCCAUGGAUGGUUGUGUUUUCAAUUUGUAUUCCCACUGCAAAAUAAAGACAGCGUGUCUUGAUCA